GCGGCCGUGCCCCGGCCAGGGGGGCUCGGCGCAUGGGGCUCGGCGCUCCCCGCGGCACCCUCGCCGGCCGGGGCUGCUGCAAUAUGUCCUGGGACCUCUGGAGCUCUCAGUGGGCAGACAAGGACACGGGCAGCGGAUUAUCGUGGCUGUACUAAUGAAAGGGUUCAAGCUCGCCUGUACUGCCAGUAACUCCAACCGCAGCACGCCCGCCUGCUCGCCCAUCCUGCGCAAACGCUCGCGCUCGCCCACGCCGCAGGACGCCCCGGGGGACGCCAUGGUGGAGAAGGGCUCCGACCACUCCUCGGACAAAUCGCCCUCCACGCCCGAGCAGGGGGUCCAGCGGAGCUGCUCGUCCCAGUCCGGCCGCAGCGGGGCCAAGAACUCCAAGAAAAGCCAGAGUUGGUACAAUGUGCUGAGUCCCACCUACAAACAGCGAAAUGAAGAUUUCAGGAAGCUCUUCAAGCAGCUCCCGGACACGGAGCGCCUCAUCGUGGAUUACUCAUGUGCUCUCCAGCGAGAUAUCCUCCUGCAGGGCCGCCUCUACCUCUCYGAGAACUGGAUCUGCUUCUACAGCAACAUCUUCCGCUGGGAGACACUGCUGACAGUUCGCUUGAAGGACAUCUGCUCCAUGACCAAGGAGAAGACAGCACGGCUCAUUCCCAAUGCCAUCCAAGUUUGCACUGACACUGAAAAGCACUUUUUCACUUCCUUCGGGGCUCGGGACAGGACGUACAUGAUGAUGUUCAGACUGUGGCAGAAUGCUCUGCUUGACAAGCCUCUGUGCCCCAAGGAGCUCUGGCACUUUGUCCACCAGUGUUAUGGCAACGAGCUGGGGCUGACCAGUGAUGAUGAAGACUAUGUGCCUCCUGAUGAUGACUUCAACACCAUGGGCUACUGUGAAGAAAUCCCCGUGGAGGAGAAUGAGGUCAACGACAGCUCCUCCAAGAGCAGCAUGGAGGCCAAGCCCGAAGCCAGCCCUCAGCUGCCAAAGAAAUCUGUCACUGCCAGCACUCUGACCUCCACRGGCAGCAGCGAAGCCCCAGCCUCGGUGAGUUCUGCAGGAAUUCCUUUUCCCCGAGAUCCAGCACCUCCUGGAUCCUGGGAAGUUCAAGCCUUCUACGAGGACCUGAACGGGCGGCAGUACGUGAAUGAGGUGUUCAACUUCAGCGUGGACAAGCUCUACGACCUGCUCUUCACUGACUCCCAGUUCCAGAGGGAUUUCAUGGAGCAGCGCCGUUUCUCUGAUAUUAUCUUUCACCCCUGGAAGAAGGAGGAAAAUGGCAAUCAGACCAGAGUGAUCCUGUACACCAUCACCCUCACCAACCCCCUGGCCCCCAAAACUGCCACAGUCACUGAGACCCAGACAAUGUACAAAGCCAGCCAGGAGAGCGAGUGCUACGUCAUCGACGCAGAGGUGCUAACUCACGACGUCCCCUACCAYGAUUAUUUCUACACCAUUAACCGCUACACACUGACCCGUGUGGCCAGAAACAAAAGCCGACUCAGGGUUUCCACAGAAUUACGCUACAGGAAGCAGCCUUGGGGGYUGGUGAAAUCCUUCAUUGAGAAGAACUUUUGGAGUGGCCUGGAGGAUUAUUUCCGUCAUUUGGAGAGCGAGCUGACCAAAACAGAGAGCACGUACCUGGCCGAGGUGCACAGACAAUCCCCCAAGGAGAAGGUGAGCAAGCAGUCCACGGUGCGCCGGAGGAAACGCGCCCACACCCACCUGAGGGUGCCACACCUGGAGGAGGUGCUGAGCCCUGUCACCACCCCCACGGACGAGGAGGUGGCACAUCGGAUCAAACACGUGGCAGGUUCCACUCAGACACGGCACAUCCCCGAGGAGAGCCCCAGUGGCUUCCACCUGCAGAGUGUCUCCAAGCUGCUCCUCGUCAUCAGCUUCGUUCUGGUGCUGCUGGUCAUUCUCAACAUGAUGCUGUUCUACAAACUCUGGAUGUUGGAGUACACCACACAGACGCUCACGGCGUGGCAGGGCCUGAGGCUGCAGGAAAGGUUACCCCAGUCUCAGACAGAAUGGGCCCAGCUGCUGGAGUCCCAGCAGAAAUACCACGACUCAGAGCUGCAGAAGUGGCGCGAGAUCAUCAAAUCCUCGGUGAUGCUUCUGGACCAGAUGAAGGAUUCACUCAUAAAUCUCCAGAAUGGCAUCGGGUCCCGGGACUUCGGGUCAGAUCCGGAGGAGAAACGGAAACGUUUCCAUUGACAGGCAGGAAUGCAGGAGGCCAGAGGACGGUGUGCAAUACGUGUAAAUAGGAUAUAUAAAUAUAUAUAUAAAUAUAUAUAUAUAUAUAUAUAUAUAUAUACAGAUAUAAAUAUAUAUAUUAUAUACAGAUUUUAAGAGGAAAACAAAAAACAAAAAAAAGCCUAAAAGAGGGGGAAGGAGCGAGCUCCAACACUGGCUGGACUGGAGCGUCUCUGGGAGCGUGGGGUGUGCGUGUGAGGGAGGGCUGUGCUCUCCCAGCACUGAGAUUUGCUGAGRGCCGUGCCCAGCUCUGCUCCCUGGGCCCGUGCACUGCUCCUGUGUAAUAUUCCUGCCUGUCUGUCCGUCUGUCCGUUUGGUUUGUGUUGUUUCAAAGGGAAGCAUCAGCGUGAGUGCCCCCCUGCACCCUGCCCCGUCCCCUCCCCGCGCAUGGAGCUCCCUGGUUCUGUUAGCUCAAAAAAGGAGACACUGUCACCUCCCUCACCUGGCUGCCUUCAGGGCACUGAGUUCUGGCAAUCACACUCAACCCCUUGCAAAACUUUGGAGGAGGAGGAGRAGGAUSUGUGRUCACCCAAAAAUUGCUGUGGGUCUGUGGAGGGCAGAUCCCCUGGCAGGCUCUGAGUGUGACYGAGCUGCCAGCCCUUCCCAAAACACCAAUUUGCUGCUCCUGUCAUUGCUGAUACUGCAGGGAGAGCCAGGGGAGUGUGAGAAGGGGARUGUGUGCCUCCAGGCUGUGACAAUGUUCCUGUGACAGUGACAGUGUCCCCUUUGGCUGUGCUCUCUGCUUUCUGUGUGUUUGCCCCCUGCCACUGAGCCCCCUCUGCUCUGCAGGGAUCAGUGCUGAAACCACCACAGUGGGAGGACCCAGAUCUCGAUAAAAAACCUGAAUUAGUGUUGGUUUGCAACCCCUCCCACUCCCCAGCUCGGCAAAUCUCUCUCCUGUUCGUUCACCCAGCCCCUUGUCUUGUAAAAUCGGUGGGGAAACGGUGAAAAGCAGCAGCUUCCUGUCCUURCCUGGGGUAAAUGGACAUCACAUUUACAGCACUGCAUCUGGRGAGAAACAAAGCUUCCAAAAAUCCAGGAGGGGUCAGGAAGGGUCACAGGGACCAAGAGAGGAAAGGAGAAAGGGACCAUCAGGGGGUGGCAGGACAGAGCUGGGUGUGAGGUGGUGAAGAUUGGUCCGGGUGGUGGAGCUGCACUGAAAACCAGCCAAUGUGCAUUUCCAGGUAUUCCUGGGGGUAAUUCCAGGCUUUGGGAGCAGCCAGGUGAGGAAGAGGAGCAGGGGGGCUGUGCUGUGCAAUGCACAAACCCCACAGGGACUGCUUGGGCUCCAGGCUGCCUGAUCCAGGCAGAUCAGGGGAUAGCUGCAGCCCUCACCUGGAUUUUUCCACCUUCCCAGUCUGGAAAUGGAUUUUUCCACCUUCUGGCUGGCAGGAGCGAGGCAGCUGCACCUUCCCAGUCUGGAAAUGGUGCAGUUGUAGCUGCUCUGUUGCCUCCAUGGUGAAUAACUGGUCUCACAUCAUCUCCACCAGGAAUAUCCUCAGUGGAAUCCAAGGAAAACCCUCUCCAGCUCCCCCUUUCCAGUUAGGGGAUGGAAAUGGAUGCAGGAAUAUCCUGCUGCUUUCUCCCAAGCUGCCUGCAGUCCCCAUGACCAUAAACAUAUACCCCACACAAGACUCACCUUGGAAGGAGCCUGCAUGAAGCCAGGUYACCAAAAAAAGACAUUUCAGACUGUGAAAGCAGAGUCCAGCUGGGGAAAACCAGGGAGUAACGUGUAUUUAUGACUAUUUAUUUAAUUUAAUGCUGCUGACUACUGUACUGCUCCCUGCCUUUUCCUCAGGGAAGCUGCUGGAAUGGCUGCUGUACAAUGAAAUUCAGGUGCUAGGGCCUGGGGAGGGCAUUCUGUGGCUCAUCCUCCCCUCUGUGACUUGCCAGGCUGUCCCAAAGUCCCCUUUCCCCCCACAGUCCCUCCCACAAUUGCUAAACACACAAAAUUCCCCUGCUGCUGGAAUUUUUCACUUCUCUAGAAUUUAAUUUCAAGCAUGAAUCAGGAUGAUACAGAAGAAGCCCUGGGAUUCACCAGGAGAGGAGAAGGAGCCGUUGGCAGAAUCUGGAAUGUUCCAGGGGUCUCCUCCCCAUGGCUUGGGAGGGUUUUCUUCACAGAAAAAUCACAGAGGGUGGCAGAUAAAUGCUGCUGMUCACCAUUCCCUUUGUCAGGGAGGCAGGAACCUUUCCUGGACCCUUCCCCUGUGCAGAUUUCCAGCUGCAGGCUCAGGAUGUUCCCACUGGAGCAGCUCCCUCAGGCUGGGCCUCAGGGACAGAACUGCCCAAACUGUUAGAUUAAUAUGCUAAAAUUUGUCCUACCUGCACCUUGAAGUGGAUUUUUAACCUUUUUGGCACCUCCCCUGGCACUCAGCAAAGUUAAAUCCUUCACUGAGAGCACAAGGGUGGUGGGCACCAAGCAGAACCUGSUGCUGAGUGUUGUUUCUCUUGGAGGCUUUAAGGAUUUUUUUUUUCCCCCUUAGUUAUUUCAUUUUCCCACUUGGCAGCCAGUCUGGCUCCGAGUUGGAUGGGAUUCACAAUCUUUUAUUGGCUCCAAUCUCUCACAGUGGUAAUAAAAAGGUGAAGAGCAAGGUCUCAAAGGCACUGAUGGUGAGGAUUGAACAAAACCUCGGAGCAUUUUCACCUCUCUGGAGAGCUGGGAUAGGAUCAGCUGCCCCUGAGCAGUCCCAGCUGGGAGGUAGAUUCCUUUUGGGGCCAGAAGCAGUGCUGGAUUACAUUUCCUGGAGGGAUCAGUCACAUUUCUAGGAAUGAGAGGCUGAGAAAUCUGAAAAAUGUCACAGAGGGUGGUGCUUCCCUCAGCACUCACAGCCACGUCAGGGUUUUGCUUGUGCCUGUGCCAGAAAUCCCAAGGGAUUCUUUCCACAGCAGCUGCAUUUCCCCUCCACCUGCUCAUCUGCUGGGGUUUGAUUUGCAGGGUCUGAACAAUUAAAAAAUGGGGAUUUUUUUUUUUUUAUUUUAUUUUUUUUUAAUAAAAAGCCAGCAGCUUGUAGCCUAAUUAUCCUGCCAAGGACGAAGAUGCUUCCUUUAGGGAGGAGGGAGAAGAGGGAGCAGAAGGCUCUGAUCCACCAGUUUGUGACAUUCUCACUGAUCUUGGCUCGGUACAACCUCACCUCUGAUAAAUCCACACCUUCUAGUGCUUAUUUGGGGCAGCUCUGGCAUCUGGGACGGGUGGAUUUGAGUCCUGGAUAAACUGCUGUGCAACCAGGCAUUCCUGGAGCAGAUUCCAGAGGUUUUCCAAUGCAGCACCUGCCUGURAAGUCUGUGAAGGACCAAAAACCAGUUUAUUCCAGGGGGUGAGAUGCCCAAGAUAUGAGUGCUGCUGGGACUGCACGUUCCAGAGAGAAAAUAAAAGCUAGAAAGGAACAUUAAAAGCCCUUGCAGUGGGAAGGAGAGGAGAAAGCUGUGGAUUAACAGGAUAACGCUGCUUUUUGGGUGCUCUGCACUUCAGGCACCCUUCAGUCAGMAAACUUUGCUGUGAACUCAUACAAACCGAUCCUAAAUCCUUCCUGGCUCCCUCAAGACCUUUGGGGGAAGAAAGGGAYGUGGCUUUGAUGUCCCUGAGCUGCUGUGGUGCUGUGACACUUUCCCAGUCAGCUCUGACUGCUGUCCCUGCCUGCUGGUGACACCUGACCCUGCUCGGCUGCUUCUGCUCUGAAAAACACAAACCUGAGGGACAGGAAACGACUUGAGGGCAUUAAAUGAGGCUGAGUUGGCACAGGGAAGGUUUCAAAGCACAAGGUUUUGCUGGAUUUGGAGUGCUGGAGGCACAGAGCUGCCUCUGAGCUGAUAUUUCAUGUGUUGGGGUGUCCCCUCGAGGAAUGCUGAUCCCAAAUGCUCACCUGUGUCCGUGUCAGGCAGUUCUGCAGCUCACCUGGCUGUGCCUGAGGAUGGAAUUUUCACCCUCCUUGACUCCUCAGCACAGUCCAGGGAGCCACACAUGAACUUACUCUCACCUUUAUGCAAGAAGGCAGAAAAUUCUGUCCCAGAGAGCGCUGGAGACACUUCAGGUCUGGUCCUGGAGCCCUUUUGGAUUUGCUCAGGUGUGCUGCAGCAGCUGUGGCAGCCAGCACAGGAAUGAACUUUCCUUCUUCAGAACUGGAACUUUCUGAUUCCACAUUGUGCAGAAAACCAGUCCUAAAAUCAGAGUUUGAAGCAGCARUGCCUGGCUCAGGGGGGCAGCUCUGGGUAGCUCUGGGCAGCUCAGUGCUCUCAGGGGGGCUCUGCCCAUGGCAUCUCUGCCCCUGACACACAGAUCAAUCCAUGGCACAGCCAGGUGCACCCUGGCUUGGUAUUUUCAGUCUCAGCACCACUCCAAACACCUGGCAGGGCUUGCUUUAAGCCCAGCUCAGAGCAGGGAUGCUGGAAGCAAAGCCCCCCCAGAGCUSUGUGUCUGUGUGCUCCCUGUGCUGAUUUCCCAGCCCGUUCCCCACCAGACACACUCUGCUCUCUGUGCUUUGCAGUCUCUCCAGUACGAGUCUCUCUGUGCCAUAAACCCUUCCUUUUUCUAGACGUGCACACUGGCCAAAUUAUCUCCUCGUGUCUUGGGGACUGCUGGUUGAGGCCAUUCCCUGGGCCGGGCAGGCAGCAUGGGCUUCUCUUAGCAUGGAUCCGUGGCAUGCCGUGCCCUCCUCCUCUCCCAACGUUUCUCAGUGCUUGUUGUGGCUUUGCCCUGUCCCCUCCCUGUCACCUCUGCUGCUGGACAAUCAUU